CAGUCUCGCGGUCGCCAUAUUGCGACGAGCUUUACACGCCGUACACUCUGCGAGGGGCGCGACGCCGCCAACAUGGACUAAACAACGUUAACGCAUUACGCCAUAUCGCUUACACGGUGCACGCACAGGCUGUCCCACAGGACAGGUCUCAGGACGUCCGCGCGCGAGACGAGACACGUCGUUUUCGUUGAUUAUAAUAAUAAUAAUAAAUAAAUAAAAUAAUACUGUAAAAUUAAAACGACCUAUUACUAUUGUAUAAAAAAAAAAUCGGUGAUUUCGCAGUGGUGACCGCGGUGAAACGUAUAUUAUAUUAUAUUAGUGUGGUUCGAACGGACUGAGCGCCGGUGUGGAGCCAUCAUCAGCGGGACGACGACACGCCGCCGGUUCGAAUUUCGGCCGUCUACGACGCGGGAGAAGGGAAGAUGGCACCCGUUGACCGGCCGCCUGAAGGAUCCGAAUCUAGCGGAUCGGCCGACAAAACGACGGAUGAGUCGGUUGGCAAAACCAAGUCAUUGCAACCUGCAUCGGAAGCAGAUGUUUCGCCAGAUGAAAAGGUGGUCAGCGCCGUCGAAUCGCCAAGAAGACAGUCGGUGCCCGACAAAUCGUCCGGCAAGUCGAGCGUGACAGAUACCACGUCAACUGUCGACAAAUUGAACGACAAAGACGAAUUAAAAAACAAAUACUACGAUAAAGACUUAAGAACGACGGCAUCGCCUUUCUACACGACUACGCCCAACAGCCUGAGUCCAACAGAUAGUUCAGAAAUGCCACCAUGGGCUUCGUGGACGAUAAUCAUAGCUGUCGUAUUACUCACUGCCGGAUUCGUUGGAUUUUGCAUACAUAGGUUCUUCAGGAAACGAAGAACAAAAGAUGGUAAAAAAGGAAAAGGCGUCGUGGACCUUAAAGCUGUCCAACUACUGGGAUCAGCAUACAAAGAAAAAAUACAACCGGACAUGGAAGAACUGACUGACAACGCAGAGGAAAUUGCUGAAGAAGGAGAUAGCACCAAGGACGAUAAAAAAUUAGGAAGAUUACAAUUUAAGAUGGAGUACGAUUUCCAAGGCAACACUCUUUCCGUAACGGUUAUCCAGGCUGAAGAUCUACCGGCUUUGGACAUGGGAGGCACGUCGGAUCCAUACGUGAAGGUUUACCUGUUGCCGGAUAAGAAGAAGAAGUUUGAGACUAAAGUGCACAGAAAAACGUUAAAUCCGGUGUUCAACGAAACGUUCCAAUUUAAGGGAAUACCGUAUGCGGAUGCGAUGAACAAGACUCUGGUGUUUGCAAUUUUCGAUUUCGAUCGGUUCUCCAAACACGAUCAGAUCGGAGAGGUCAAAGUGCCACUGUGCCAGAUCGAUUUGGCUCAGACUAUCGAAGAAUGGAGAGAACUGCAGUCCGUCGAAGGCGAAGGAGGACAGGAUAACAAGUUGGGAGAUAUAUGUUUCUCGUUGCGUUACGUGCCCACCGCCGGAAAACUCACUGUGGUCAUACUGGAAGCGAAGAACUUGAAGAAAAUGGACGUUGGCGGACUUUCGGAUCCUUAUGUGAAAAUAGCUUUGAUGCAGAACGGGAAACGGCUGAAGAAAAAGAAAACCAGCAUAAAGAAAUGUACGCUAAAUCCGUAUUACAACGAAUCGUUUACAUUCGAAGUGCCUUUCGAACAGAUACAGAAAGUCAACCUGGUAGUCACCGUUGUCGACUACGAUCGUAUUGGCACGUCUGAGCCCAUCGGCAAAGUGGUGCUAGGCUAUAACGCUACCGGCACCGAACUGCGGCAUUGGUCCGACAUGUUGGCCUCGCCGAGACGUCCUAUCGCACAGUGGCACACACUCAAAGACCCCGACGACGACGCUAAAAACUAAGUUCAUCCAAAGCCACAUGUACCCCAUAUAUUACUCCGAAGGACAAGAUAAACACCCGUCACGCCAUCGCCGCAUUAACACUGUUGAAUGAGCCGCGAACCGCAUAAUACAACAAUACUAACAUAAUACCUACUAUGUUUUUAACACUCGCGGAACAAAUAACAUGUUAAAUUACCGUAUGUAGGUACUUAUUUUAUGUACGUUACACCUAACAUUAUUAUUAUUAUUAUUAUUAUUAUAUCAUCAUCAUCAUCAUCAUCGCGUCGUCUUUACCCAGCCACACAAGACGUGUCGUUUGUACAACGAGAACGUUGUCUCUAUGAUAUGCCUCUUCCUCUGCUUCUAAAUGGUUCUAAUCAUGGUAAUAAUAAUAAUAAUAAUAAUAUACAUGCCAUAGCCGGUGCAAGUACUACAAUUAUUAACAUCAGCUAUCGUUAAGUUACACUUGUGCUGUGUUCACUUGGCUUUCUAUUCGCCAGUAUUUGUUUUAAUAUUCCAUUCACAAUGAUUACAUUUGCUAAUUAAUUCGCGUAGGACGUACCUGUACCUAAUAUGUGGACAAUUACUAAUAUAACUAUAAUAUUAAAACCCGUUUAGAAUGUAACGGCCGAGAUGCUCUUGAUCUUCAUUGUAGGCAACGUGAAAACAAAAUGCUUACAUAAUAAAUAUUACUAUAUUUUGUUUCGCUAACCGAUAAUUUUUUAAAUUUUCAUUUCUGAUCUCUUACACUAUA